GGAAAGGUUAAGGAAGCAUAAACCAUUCAUGCAAAUAACAAGCAAAGUCGCUUGCAAAUAAACCCGUGAGGCGCUAAAGCACGCUAGUCUUUCUAGGCUGCAGGCAGAGACGCAAGGCUUCAGAGUGCACAGAGUUAAACCCAACUCCUCUCCCGCCCUCGGGGGAAGGGCCGAGCUGCAACGGAAAUAACCGAGCGCCCGGCCGCGGUUGGCCGAAAGAAGCCGAAUUUCUUCCGGAAAUAGCCGAUCUGUGGGGUCUCGCUCUCCGACCUGAGCCGAGCACUGGGCCUUGUUCUACCGAUCGGCCGAAGGUGUUCCGGAAGGAGGCGAACCCCUAGGCGGGCCCGGCAAGGCUUCCCAGCGGCCGGCAGAGCCUAACGUCUGGGGGGAUUCGCCGAAGGCUGGGGCAGCUAGAGCCUGGGUCUAGUCCCGCAGGAGCCGAGCUCGUUCCGGAAGAAGCCGAGUGGACCGGCGCUGGCCUCAGCGUCCCGGGCGUGAGGCGGUAGCAGCGGCGGAAACAGCGCGGGCCGGGAUGAACCGCGACGGCUGAGGCAGCGGAGGUGCUGGUUGCGCGAGUCCCAUCGAGACUCUUGCAAAGCGCCAGCCCCGCGCUUGGUGCUUUGCCUCGAGCGGAGCCCUGUCCCCGCGAGCCUCCCGGACCCUUUUGUGCGGCCGGAGGCAGCGGCGGGAACGACCAUGGCGGCCAACAUGUACCGGGUGGGGGAUUACGUCUAUUUUGAGAACUCCUCCAGCAAUCCUUACCUGGUUAGACGGAUUGAGGAGCUCAACAAGACUGCUAAUGGAAAUGUGGAGGCAAAGGUUGUCUGUCUUUUCCGGCGAAGGGACAUUUCUAGUAGCCUCAACAACCUGGCUGAUAGUAAUGCUAGGGAGUUUGAGGAAGAAUCAAAGCAGCCAGGGGUGUCGGAGCAACAGCGACAUCAACUGAAACACCGGGAGCUUUUUCUUUCUCGGCAAUUUGAAUCCUUACCAGCCACCCACAUACGGGGGAAAUGCAGUGUGACCCUACUGAAUGAGACAGAUAUCUUGAGCCAGUACCUGGAAAAGGAGGACUGCUUUUUUUACUCACUGGUGUUUGACCCUGUACAGAAGACACUUCUAGCUGAUCAGGGGGAGAUCAGAGUUGGUUGCAAAUAUCAAGCUGAGAUCCCAGAUCGCCUGGCAGAGGGAGAAUCUGAUAAUCGGAACCAACAGAAGAUGGAGAUGAAGGUGUGGGACCCAGACAACCCUCUCACAGACCGGCAGAUUGAUCAGUUUCUCGUGGUGGCUCGAGCUGUGGGGACCUUUGCGAGAGCUCUAGAUUGCAGCAGCUCCAUUCGGCAGCCAAGCUUGCACAUGAGUGCAGCAGCUGCCUCCCGAGACAUUACCCUGUUUCAUGCAAUGGAUACCUUGCAAAGGAAUGGCUAUGACCUGGCUAAGGCCAUGUCAACCCUGGUGCCUCAGGGAGGCCCAGUACUGUGUCGUGAUGAGAUGGAAGAAUGGUCUGCCUCAGAAGCCAUGCUAUUUGAGGAGGCCCUAGAGAAGUACGGGAAGGAUUUCAAUGAUAUUCGCCAGGAUUUUCUACCCUGGAAGUCACUUGCCAGCAUAGUCCAGUUUUAUUACAUGUGGAAAACCACAGACCGGUAUAUUCAGCAGAAAAGAUUGAAAGCUGCUGAAGCGGACAGCAAACUGAAACAGGUCUACAUCCCUACCUACACUAAGCCAAACCCUAACCAGAUAAUUUCUGUGGGUUCAAAACCUGGCAUGAAUGGGGCUGGAUUUCAGAAGGGCCUGACUUGCGAGAGCUGCCACACCACACAGUCUGCCCAGUGGUAUGCCUGGGGCCCACCCAACAUGCAGUGCCGUCUCUGUGCUUCUUGUUGGAUCUACUGGAAAAAGUAUGGGGGACUGAAGACUCCAACCCAGCUUGAGGGGGCUGCUCGUGGCACUACAGAGCCACACUCAAGAGGUCAUUUGUCUAGACCUGAAGCCCAAAGUCUCUCUCCCUAUACAACCAGUGCCAACCGGGCCAAGCUACUGGCUAAGAACAGGCAAACCUUUCUGCUUCAGACCACGAAGCUGACCCGUCUUGCCAGACGAAUGUGCAGGGACCUAUUACAACCAAGGAGGGCUGCCCGACGACCUUAUGCCCCUAUAAAUGCCAAUGCCAUUAAGGCAGAGUGCUCCAUUCGCCUUCCUAAGGCUGCUAAAACUCCAUUGAAGAUUCACCCUCUGGUGCGACUGCCCCUGGCAACUAUUGUGAAAGAUCUGGUAGCCCAGGCACCUCUAAAACCAAAAACACCUCGGGGUACCAAGACACCGAUCAACAGAAACCAGCUGACCCAGAACCGGGCACUGGGGGGCAUUAUGGUGAAACGGGCCUAUGAGACUAUGGCAGGAGUUCCUUUCUCUGCCAAUGGAAGGCCUCUAGCCUCAGGGAUUCGUUCAAGUUCACAGCCAGCAGCCAAGCGUCAAAAACUAAACCCAGCUGAUGCCCCCAAUCCUGUGGUGUUUGUGGCCACAAAAGAUACCAGGGCCCUACGGAAGGCCCUGACCCACCUGGAAAUGAGGCGAGCUGCCCGCAGGCCCAACUUGCCACUGAAGGUGAAGCCAACGCUGAUAGCAGUGCGGCCCUCAGUCCCUUUACCUCCACCUUCGCAUCCUGCCAGCACCAAUGAGCCCAUUGUUCUAGAGGAUUGAGCAUCUAUGGGGAAGGGAGGCAGGCAGAAAGGUAGAGGGUGGGUGCCCAGGGCACCCAAACCUUCCUUCCCUUUAGCAUCAAAGGGAGUGAGAAGUGAGGGAGGGAGGGAGCAAUUGAGUGUGUCCCUGGAGGGGUUGGGCGCCCUCUGGUGUUACCACCUUGAGACUUGUUCCCUUUCCCAUGCCUCUCCAUGCUUGGUGAUGGAGGGCAGACUGCAGGAACUUGGCCCAUGUGGAAACCUAGCCUGUUUUGAGGGGUAGGACCCACAGUUGUCUCAGACAGUUUGGGGGGGAGGGUUUUUUAAUUUUUUAAAAAUUUUGCCUCCCUUUGUGAAAGGGGUUGGGGGAAGAGUAAACAGAUAUCAGGUGGUAGUACCUGUUUGGGGGAGGGGGGCGUGCACUGCCAUGUCUAUCUUUUUUUUUUUUUUUUCCUAAUUGGGGGUAUCUCUUUCUGUCCGGUGUCCGGACUUUCCUAAUUGGAGUUUGAGGCCUCUAAGCUGGCAUCAGCCCCAGGCCAUGCUCACUCUCUCCUUCCCUCCGCCUUUUGUACGCCAGUUCUCAGAAAUAAAGAUCUUUUGUCCGUUUUUUUAACCUUGGAUUCUGUAAUUGGUUCUUAUAGUAACAAAUAAAAAGCUGUUUUCUUCAGCUUC